GAUAUUAUAUCAACUGAGAUUCAAUGUUCUGGAUAAAUCUUAUGAUAACUCAUGUCAAAACAGACUGACUGGAUGAUGCAUUUAAGUUAAAACAAAACCUUUCUCUUAAAUAACACUCUGUAUUGAUAAACGAUGGCGGAAUAUAAAGAGAGUGACGUUAUAGAAGAAGAAAAGAAUUGUAAACUGACCUAUUAUUUCCGUGAUCUACUAAAGGAGCGCAUUAAUUUCCAGAUAUCUGAAGAAGAGACAGUUGACAUAAUAGAUGCUGUAGAAACACUUGUUUCUAACAUUAUAACGUACGUGACAUCAAAAGUGGAUUGGCUUCCAUUCUCAAGACUUCUAAAAGUUGGUAGUAUGGCAGAAAGUACAAGUAUUGUAUUUCCUGACGAAUUCGACUACCUUGCUAUUCAUAAACAGAAAGGAAUGCAGAUUGAGAGAGUAUGUAAACAAGAUAGAGGCUAUGCCCAUAUAAAAGUAACAGAUCCUGAUUUAAAAAAGAAAUGGUUCAAAUGGCUCCGAGGGGAUUAUCUGCAAGCCUUUUUUACAACAAACGGAUUUGCAGAUAUGUUCCCAGGAGAUUUUGACACCCUAGGCAAUGCCUUGAUGUACGAAGUGGCACAAAUAUCGCAAAGUGUUUCAGACGUUGGCGUUCUCCCAAAAAGAACAGGAUUAAUGCGUAUUGGUAAACGCGUCCAAAAGAACGGACCGGCAUUUACUCAGCACUUUCUCUGGGAGCCUUAUAAUCUUCAGAAAAGUAAAACAACGAUCAAAGUGGACAUUACCCCAGCAAUUGAAUUUGACUUAAACGACGAUAUAAUUAAUGAAAACGACACGUUCCAUACAGAUAUUCUCAACAAAACUGUUGAGCAUGGUAAGUUUAUGCUAGUUUUGACUCACGACCAUGGACCAUCGUGUCCACUUUGUUUCCGACUGACCUUUACAGAGACAGAAGUUAAUCUUGUCUGUUGUCUAGAUACUCAUCACAAUGACUGUUAUAAACUAUUAAAGUAUAUUUUCAAUAGUGGCGGAAGUGUAAACUUCUUAUCCUCGUACGUUUUGAAAACACUUGUACUGAAGCAUGGUUAUCACUGUGAAGAAACAGCAAACCUUGCAGUCUGUUUCAAACAGCUUGUUGCAGUAUGUCUUCACUAUCUAUUCAACAGGACAACUGGGGAGAAAAUUGAAAAAUAUUUCAAGCAAAAUGUUGUAGAAUAA